AUGGGUUUGCAGAUUUCGUUUGUGCUUUCUCUCUGCUUUUUCUACACAGUCUCUGCUCUUGCUCCUGCCCCUUUGGAAGGUCUACUUCCAAAUGGAAACUUUGAAGAGAAACCGAAGCCCACUGACAUGAAGAAAACAGUGCUCCAAGGGAAAUAUGCACUGCCCAGGUGGGAAAUCAAUGGCUUAGUCGAGUACAUCUCCAGUGGGCCACAGCCUGGUGGAAUGUACUUUGCAGUAGCCCAUGGUGUUCACGCUGUGAGACUUGGAAACGAGGCCUCAAUUUCCCAAACAAUCCCUGUCAAAAAUGGCUCGACAUAUGCACUCACAUUUGGUGCAUCAAGAACUUGUGCCCAAGACGAGGUCUUGAGGGUGUCGGUACCCCCUCAAUCUGGGGAUCUCCCUUUGCAGACUCUGUAUAGUAGUAAUGGUGGUGACACUUAUGCUUGGGGACUCAAAGCCACUUCUAAUUCAGUGAAGGUGAUUUUUCAUAAUCCUGGAAUGCAAGAGGAUCCUGCUUGUGGACCUCUCCUGGAUGCUGUUGCCAUCAAAGAACUUUUCCCUCCAAGGUUCACCAAAGCUAACUUAGUCAAGAAUAAUGGUUUUGAGGAGGGUCCUCAUCUCUUGAUCAACUCUUCUCAUGGUGUCCUACUUCCUCCCAAACAGAAAGAUUUGACAUCCCCACUUCCCGGUUGGCUCAUCGAAUCAGUUAAAGCUGUAAAGUUCAUAGACUCAAAGCAUUUCAACGUCCCCUUUGGACGAGCAGCAGUAGAACUAGUUGCAGGAAGAGAGAGUGCCAUAGCCCAAGUAAUCAGAACAGUCCCCAACAAGGUCUAUAAUGUUGCAUUCACUGUAGGAGAUGCAAAGAAUGAUUGCCAUGGAUCAAUGAUGGUUGAAGCAUUUGCUGCUAAAGGAACAAUGAAAGCUCCCUUCAAAUCUGAAGGAAAGGGAAAGUUCAAGACUUUUAAUUUCCAGUUCAAAGCAAACUCGUACAGGACCAGAUUAACCUUCUUCAGCUCCUUCUACCACACCAGGACCAACGACUACGGGACUCUUUGUGGUCCUGUCCUCGAUGAAGUUCGGGCUUUCCCUGCCGCUUAG